GUUGCUGGUCAUGAUAACUCUGGUCAUGGUCUGGUUGAUACCUGGUUGCUUGUGUUUGGACCAGAAGCACCGAAAUACUCGACAGAUACAACAACAAUAAAGAGAGAAUCAUCAUCAGAGGAGAGAGGAGCGAGGCGCCAGGAUGUGCGCGGGGUGAGGGCAGCAGGGAUGCCAUCAUGGCGCCUCAGACCCCGACCUGUCCACCACCACCGCCGGCUGCUGCUGCUGCUCGUGUUGGUGGUUGGAGGAGUGUUGGUGAUUGGGAGUGUGUUGGUGGCGAGGGAUGGACGCCGUGGUGGUGGUGGGGGCAAGGUGGCCGCCCCACAACACCUCCACCACAAGCAACACAAGACGCACAUGACACAACACAUGGCUGGUGGUCCCGGGGUGGUGGUGAGCGUGGUGGAGGAGGAGAGCCUGCUACAGCGUCUCCUGCCUGGCGGAGGCGCCCCUAGGAUCAUGGUGACCCUGGACAUGUCUCACCCACCAGACCCGGAGCUCCAGUGUAUCACCACCAGGUGUGAGCCAGAGUACCCGGUGUGUCCGCACGACUCCGAGAACGACAGGUUCAUCUCGGAACAGCUGCUGAGGGAGGGGACCUGGGAGCCUCACAUUGUUGCUCUCUUCACGGCGGCCCUCGCUUACUACCCGUCGAGUACGGUGGUGGACCUCGGGGCCCACGUCGGGGUGUACAGCCUGCUGGGGGCGCGACUGGGGGCGCGGGCGGUGGCGGUGGAGCCGGUGUGGGCGUCAGCGGUGAGGCUCCAGGCAGGCGCGGUGGCUGGCGGCGUCGCUGACAAGGUCACCAUCCUCCUCCAUGCCAUAGCUGACCAACGCUUCUACGCUAAGCUGCGGUACCGUGAUGGUAACCUUGGCGGGACGUCCAUAGUGGAGACGACGGCCAGGGAGGCGGAGGCCAUCCAGAGAGCACGACCCCACGACCAGGUCACCACCCUCACCCUCGACCACCUCUACCACUUCGUCAACACCUCCAUCGUCCUCCUCAAGAUUGAUGUCGAAGGGUGGGAGUGCGGAGCAGUGCUGGGAGGAAAGACCUUCCUGAAGGAACACUUUGUACCGUACAUCUUCAUGGAGUGGUCAGUGGUGGCCAACAACCGACACAAGUACCACGCCCCCUGCCGCGCCCACACCCUUCAGAGGAUGGUUGACUGGCUCGCCUCCCACGGCUACCACGCCCACAUCUCCAAGUCCGGAGCACCUCUCAACCCAGACAAGCUCGACGCCUGGAGAGCCGGGGACGUCUACUGGCGCCACCUCACCUCCCCCAGGCUCCACCAGGGGAAGUAGUACUCCAGUUUUCCCGGGAGUUAGGCAACUGUUGUGGGUUGCAGGGAGAACUGCGUAGGGAGAAAGGUCGUCAAUAGCUGGUCUAGAAGGACAUAGAUAAAGCUAACAGGCUUCCUGUCCCCGACAAUGAGAAACCUCAGUAUAUUUAUAGAGGUAAAACUAACCCAUUAAGUAGCCCAUGUAAGAGUACUCCCACGUUGCCUGGCCUGGGAGAAUCACUGUAACUUGUAUGUCACUGUUACAAUAAACAAUUAUAUUAGUG